GAGUUUUAUGUUGCUGCUGUUAAGGGAAGAAAUUGGUAAUCAAAAUAAUUAAUUUCGGGAACGAAAUGGUGAGCGGUCCAGAGCGUCGAGAACGUUUAACAAAUUGUAAGUUUGAGCGGAGCAGUAAGUUUUGUCAGGUGUUGAUUUUGUAAUAUGCAGAACUCUUAGAAUGUUGAAAUCUACUGCGGAACUAGAUCGUAUCGUGACAUUUUCUAUCCAUGUACAGAAUAAGGUUCCUUCGAGUGGUAUACCCACAAAAGGAAAUUAGUUUUGGCUACAAAUUUAAAAAUGUUCAAUAAGACUGAGUCAACAAAAGGGAGCUUCCUGAAGCAGACAAAGGCAGCUCGAGAAGAAAGAGCACAUGAGAAGAAAAGGGAAUGGGCCGCUACAAUUAUUCAGGCCCACGUUCGGGGAUGGCUUGCGAGAAGGAAGUUUUCUGGAUGUAUUCUGCAAGAUUUUGACAUGCUGUUUUCAAGUGAAAAUUCAGAGCUUCAGCCAUGUCUGCAAGUUUACCAAGUUGCUUGCCGUUUUAUGCUUGUCUGGAAAAAGGAUCGAGACAAGGAACGCUUCGAAAAGCUUUGCAGGUACCUUGUGUCAAGCCUGGAAUCCAGUUCCAUAAAACUAAGCUACGUUGGAGUUGCGUUGAACAAAGAAUAUGCCAUAGCGUGGAUUGCACAUGUGAAGGACGUCCUGUGGAAAUGCUGUUGUUACUUGGACGAACUUCGGCCAGAAUUUCUGACGGAUAUGCGUGUUAUACUUCUGUACUUGCGCACUUUAGUCACGUUCACCUCGACCAACACUUGGAAUCUCUUGCGUGCAAAGCACAUGGAAGUACUGAAGCCAGGACUCAAUCAACUUUGUGCCAAUGUCCUGGGACAUCUCUUCACAAAGGGAUUCUAUCUUACAUUAAAGUCUCUACUUCUUCGAGGACUUGGAAAGGCAAAGAUUCCAUCAAAACAUGUCUCAGUCUCAGCAGUAUUGACCCUGGCCCUCCGACCUCUGGUGUCUGCUGGUUUUACAGAGAAACUGAUGACAAUGUUCCUAAUUCACAUACUUAGUGUACCUGCGUUGAUACUGCAUAUUCAGGGCCUUGCUCAUGAGUGCAGCAGUGUUCUGGUUGGCCACAAUGUGUUCACAAAGAGUCUUGAGCUGCUGAGUUCGGAGCAGAAUAUGAGGAUUGUGUUCAAUACUUUGGAGGGAAAUUAUGCUCUCUGCCUGCUGGCAAACCUCAUCCAACUUGCGUACAUUCAGAGAGAAGAUGCACUUAAGGAUGUUGCUUUUCCAGCUUUUACUUUUGUAGUGACAAGACUGAUGGAGAGUUGCCAACAUUACGUCGUGACAAAGCAGUCGAACCUGACCUACUGGCAUCCAGUGUUAGGAUGGUUUGCUCAGAGCAUGGGCCAUAGUUUGCAUGAGGCGAUGCCUUUUGUGAAGACACAGCUGUAUAUGCUGUGGAGUGGCCCCAUGGUAUCGCUUCUUCUGGGGCAGACUUUAUCUGAGUUGGUGGAAAACGUCACCGAAAACAGUUCUGAGGGGCCUAGUGCCGGUGGAGGAAGCAGCAAUAUUCUGAAACGAGCUCUGGAUCACCGAUCAAAUCGUACCAAUGCUGCUAAGCACCAUCGUAAACUUGGCAGUCCUGAGUGCACUAAAGUGGCGUUGCUCUGUUCCCUUUACCAGACGGCGCUCGGGACUCUAACACAGCUGAAGCUGGACAUCCUAACAGGCCUGUGUUAUCAGGACAAGAUCCUAUACAAUCUGUGGCUGUUCCUUAACAGCCUCGGUCCCAACUGUGGCCUCAAAGCAUUCCUCGAUCUUCUGGCUGUCAACACAAAAUGUUCUGCUCCUGAAUUCCAGAUGCUGAUACUUUUUUGUGACUGUAUGACACAUUAUGUCACAAUUCUGGAUGACUUGGAAAUGUACGAACAGCAGAAACCAUUCCGGCUGACAGAUUAUGUAAAUAUGUCUACUUUCCUGAACCACUUCCUUUACAAAGGUGUUUUAGGAAAUUUAUUUGAUGUGAAGGGGCUGGGUUCCAACGUACUGUUCCAGUCAGCCCACACUUUGCUUAUGGUACUGUAUCGACGGGACUGCAGACGAAGCUACACCAUAGACAGUCACUGGAUUAUUAAAGAGCUUCGUGUUGGAAGUUUCAUCAGUGACCUCGAAAAGGGCAAGAAAGUGACUCAGGUACUCCUUCAGAAAAUGCCACAUAUCAUUCCCCAUGAGGAGAGGGUUCAGUUGUUUCGAAGAUAUGUGGCAAAUGAGAAGACAGUGCUUGGGCUUACUGAAUCGGCCUGUGUCUCACCACAGUCAACUCUCAUUACUGUGCAUAGGUGUCGCAUUGUGGAGGAUGGGUACAGGCAGCUUGCACUGCUGCCCCCACAGGCUCUGAAAGGAGUGAUCAGGGUCAGGUUCAUCAACGAACAGGGUCUAGAUGAAGCAGGAAUUGAUCAGGAUGGAGUCUUCAAAGAAUUCCUAGAAGAAACAAUAAAGAGAGUGUUUGAUCCAUCCCUAAAUCUGUUUCGAGUGACGAAUGAAGAGAGGCUGUAUCCGUCACCUACAUCGUACAUGCAAGACAAUCAUCUGCAGCUGUUUGAGUUCGUUGGACGCAUGCUUGGGAAGGCUGUUUAUGAGGGCAUCGUAGUAGAUGUUCCCUUUGCUUCAUUUUUCUUGAGCCAGUUGCUGGGGCAACAGCACCAGGCCCUGUACAGUUCCAUGGAUGAACUGCCAUCGCUCGACCGAGAGCUGUACCGCAGUCUCACUUUUGUGAAGCACCACCAGGGUGACGUGCAAGAUUUGGAUCUGACAUUCUCUGUGGAUGAAGACUGCCUUGGGAGGCUGGUUACACAUGAGCUGGUUCCCGGAGGAAAAGCAAUUCCUGUCACCAAUGAGAACAAAAUUAAUUACAUCCAUUUAAUGGCCCACUUCAGAAUGCACACGCAGAUUAAAGAUCAGACAGCUGCUUUCUUCAAGGGCUUCCGCUCACUGAUCAAUCCAGAUUGGCUUGCACUCUUCUCAACACCAGAACUACAGCGACUGAUUUCUGGAGACAAUGUUCCAUUAGACCUCCGAGACUUACGGAAACAUACACAUUACUAUGGUGGUUUCCAUGAUUCUCAUCGCGUUGUUUGUUGGCUCUGGGACAUUCUCGACAAAGAUUUCAGCGAUGAAGAGAGAAGGCUUUUCCUGAAGUUCGUAACGAGCUGUUCCAAGCCACCUCUACUGGGUUUCGCACAUUUGGAGCCACCAUUUUCUAUUCGUUGUGUGGAAGUUGGAGAUGAUGAAGAUACUGGUGAUACGAUUGGAAGCGUAAUUCGUGGGUUUUUCACAAUCAGGAAAAAGGACCCUCAGAAUCGGUUACCAACUUCAUCAACAUGCUUCAAUCUUCUGAAACUUCCCAACUACCAGAAGAAGAGCACAUUACGUGAUAAGCUGCGUUACGCUAUAUCCAGUAAUACAGGCUUUGAGCUUUCGUAACACCUGUGUCAUGUUGGUACCCUGAAAUGGCCCCGCAAAUGUACAUUAAAUUCUAGUACAGUCGUUUCUUUGUUUAACCUCUGGGUUUGAAGUUGCAUUGAGAAGUGGCGGUGUUACUGAGCUGUUUUGAAUUUUACCGAAGUUCAAAUUAUGUAUGUUGUCACAUGUCUUGUUACUUGGAUGUAAGCAUCCAGUAAAUACUUUAAGUUUCUAGAGUCUCCUUUUUAUGUCUGUGUGGACCUCUCCGGUCCCUGCCCAUGUAGGCAGGGGUGUAGAAACCAUUUCUGAAAUGGGGAGGUCAUCCUAUGGCAGAUUUUGUUACCUCCAGAAACUUAUGAUGAGAAUAAUAAUGGCCAAGUGGGCCCCAUAGCUUGAUGUGAGCUCUGAACCAUGGGUAGGGACCUCAUACUCUUUACAUUCCCAAAACUUUUUCUUUGUUGGGAGUGAAAGUUCUGCAGGUAUGCAGAAAAGUCACCAUGUAGAUCUAACCAAGGAUCAUACUCAGGACCCUCUGAAUGAGAGGUCUCCAUCUUACCCAUCUUCCUCCUCCUCCUCCUCUUCUUCCACUGGCACCAUUUCUGCUUUAUUUUGGUCAGUGGAUGAAAAAUCCCCCAGUCUCUUCUUUUGUUCCACAAUGUUUCAUCUUCAUUUCCUUGCCAGCUCUUUCCUCCCUUCUUGAUGUCUUCCAGUACCUGGCUCAGCCAUCUUGACCUGGGUCACCCCGUAGGUCAGUUUCUUGUAAAUUUUAAUUUUGGUGCCGUUCACAGUGCACUUGUUUCAUUCAUCCUUUUUGCAUGGUCAAGUUUUAAUCAGUUCAUUGUUUCAAGAGCAUUAUUGAUAUGCACUUAACUUGCUGAGUAUGGCACAACUUUGCCAGAGACCCAUUAACUCGGUCUCUCAGGCUCCGUAGCUGUGCUGUGUAUGACCCCAGCGGACAGUUCCUAUAUGAUGCAACCCCUCCCUUGGUAUAGAAACUGCGUUCAGACUUUAGGAGGAUCAUGUUACUGCUUCCACCCAUCAAGGUGGACCUGUAACAGUCUGUGAAUGAAAAACAUUUUGACUGUGAUGCCCCUCACCAUGAGAUAGAAAGAGACAGACCUCAUCUGGAGUGGUUUGGAUGGCACAGGUCAGUUACGUGUUAUGUAUGAAGCAUUUUGCACUGCUGAUCUGUCAAGGAAAUCAAGACCAAGUGACAUCAAUAACCGAAACAUCUUAAAAUUGUUUUGCUGUUGCAUAAAACAUAUGCAACAUGGAAACAUGUCUAGAUAAUCUUUGCUGUGCAUGUUACUGAUGCAAAUGCUAUGAACCCUGGACACAGUGUUCACUGUAAGUUGUAAUGGAAACGUGUUUGACUCCAGUAGUUGUUACAUCAGUGUACAAAAUAACUGUUCUCACACUCAACAUUCGCCUUUUUGUGCAGUGUGAAGCUGAAGGCGAGACAGAAGACUCAGAAAUGUCCAGUUUCCAUGCUUGCAGACUUAUGAGUUUGUCCAUAUCAUUUUAAGUUGCAUUUGUAUAAGAAAACAAAUCGAAUGUGAUUCAAAACUGAAAUGACAGUAAGGUUGUUUAGCCUAAUGCAAACUGUUGAACUGUUCAUGCUGAAGUUGGUUCCUGCUUCAGCAUGGGCCACAGAGAUUUGGGCUGCUACUGGAACUGACAGACCUAUGCGUGUAUGGAUAUUUUCACCUGUAGAGUUGUGUGUGUAAUGAAAAUAACAGGUUCUAGUUCAGAUGAUUAGAUUUAUUAGCACUUUGGAUACAAGUUGUCUCUUAAUGACAAUUAAUACAGCACUAUCACUGAUUCACACGCUUUCCAGUCCACUGUUUCAUAUGCACUAGAAUUCCAGUCUUCACUAGCUGUCUCCUGGCAACAGACCUCAACAUAGAAACUAGCAUUUCACUUCUAUUAUUAAGUCUUCUUGUCUUCAGUUACUUCAUACUCCUCUGUCUGAAUUAGUACUCAACUAAUCUUCACAAUUCAAUAAGGACAUGCUCUAUUCUCAUCCUGUACUCUCAAGUACUCUGCCCUCCUGGACUCUAUUUUGUGAUGGUUUUGUGUCCUUCACUCACAGCUUCUCCUCUAUGACUGCAAAUUAUCUUCACUCUCCCCUAUAAAUCUUCAGCAUGGACCUGCAGAAAACCCACCACUUGCUCUCUGUCCACUGUUGUGUUAUGUGACUGCCUACAUGGAAGUGUGUUUACCGAGCCAGUGCCUAGAAAUGGGUUGCAUAACCCCGCUGUUCUAUUGCAUGUAUGUAAUGCAGAGUGUUUAUCAAGCCAUUGCCUGGCAAUGUGUUGACAUGUCACAUAUAUAUAUUGUGACGUGUAGACCCAUUGCCAAGUAACAGCAGUGUAAACAGGUGACAGUACAACAGCCCUUACUAGGGAACAGCUCUGUGAACAUGUUUCCCUAGCAACAAAACAACAUGCAGUAAUGGAAGACACAUUUUCUGUUCGGUCCAUGCCAGGACUAUAUAAUGAGGACUAGUAUUCCAGAGUAGAAUCAGUUGAGAGUUGCAAGUUGCAACUAUGAGAAGUGAGAAG